CCUUUUAUUUGUGGCUCUCUGUCUGAGCUGUGCAGGUUGCAGAAGAGGCGCUGAUCGUCCGGACAUCCAGAGCGACUCAGCACAUGGCGCUUUAUUUGUACAGGCUGUAAGUUAAAGCAAGAGCAAGAGUUUUCCUUCUGGAGGACAGGCACGGAGAUAGAUAGAGAGAGAGAGAGAGAGAGAGGAGGGAGAAACUACCUGCCUGUCACUGGGGAUGAGGAGGAAAACCUGGGAAAUGAUCCUGAAGGACUCGUCUGAUGGGGAGGAAAACCUGAGUGGGAUGUAAACACGGACCAUUGAUCUCUAAAUCAGGAGUGUUUUCCAUGAUGGCGCCACGUGAGAGCUCCCUCCUGACUCACCUGCUCCUGCUCCUCCAGCUCCUCCUCCCUCUCACCCUGUCCUUCCUGCACCCUCCUCACCAUCCGCCGGUCCACGUCCCCACGCUGGUCCCUCACGCACCGACGCCUCUCAUCCGCUCUCGCUUCAGCGCUCAGACUCAGCUGGACUUCACCACUCACUGCAACUCCAGCUGCUUCCACAGAGGAGAGCAGGAGGCCCAGAAGGAGCAGCUCACGGAGAAACUGGCCUUUGAGACUCUGUACGCCGACGGCUCUCGCACUCUCACCACUGUAGAUGUGGAGGGCGACGAGGAGCUUGAAGGGGAUACUGAUCAACCGAGGAGAGGACUGAGAGUGAAGCCCAGGCACAAACGUGUGAGGCGGCAGAUCUACGGAGCAGACGGACGUUUCAACAUCCAAGGUGACGACUUCCUGUUGGAUUACCCUUUCUCCACAGCCGUGCGGAUCUCCACCGGCUGCACCGGCGUUCUCGUGUCCCAGCAGCACGUCCUCACGGCUGCCCACUGUGUGCACGAUGGGAAGGAUUAUGUGAAGGGGGCCCGGAAGCUCAGGGUGGGCUUCCUGAUUCCUCCGUCCAUCAACAGCACCAAAGCCGGCCUCACGUCUGCCAAGAAGCCUCUGGUCCGCUGGGUGAGAGUGAAACGUACCCGUGUACCAAAGGGCUGGAUCCAGGGCCCUCAGGAGAUCAGCAUGGACUUUGAUUACGCCCUGCUGGAGCUGCGUUGGCCUCACAGACGUCCCUUCAUGAGGCUCUCCGUGGCUCCCUCCUCCGAUGACCUGGCAGGGAACCGCAUCCACUUCUCUGGUUUUGACAGCGACAGAUCCGGGGAGCUGGUGUAUAGGUUCUGUCCUGUGGAAGAAGAGUCCAGCGAUCUGAUAUACCAGCACUGUGAUGCUCGCCCUGGAGCCAGCGGUUCUGGAGUGUACGGAAGAGUGUGGGACAACAGUUUGGAGCGCUGGGAAAGGAAGGUCAUCGGCAUUUUCUCUGGACACCAGUGGCUGGAGAUAGAUGGGGAGAACCGGGAUUACAAUGUGGCCGUUCGCAUCACUCCUCUGAAGUUUGCUCAGAUCUGUUACUGGGUGCACGGUAACCGACUAGACUGUGUCCAGGACUGAGAAUUACAAAAGCAGGACUAAAAGACGAGGAGGAAGUUUUGAAAGUGUUGUAUGAAAAACACAAGAAAGCACAAAGUGACUGAAACAAAUACAGGGUGAAAUGUUUAAUUUUCUCUAAAGAAAGAAGAGUAAAACAGGAUUAAAUCCAUAAAUAACACCCUUCGGUGAUUCACCACUAGAGCAGAUCCAGUUAUUACUCUCCUGUGUUUAAUUUGCUCCCUGUAACCUCUGGGCCUAUUAAACAAAUCUGCCUGUGAGAUCAUCACCACAGCAUCUUUUAAUAUGCCCGCAGUCAGAUUAAUAACACACUCAGUGUUUCCAUAGUAUUAACAUAAACCUUUUUUUACAAGAGGGAAAGUGUGUGUGCAGAGUGUGUCAGUAGCACCAGAUUAUUUUCCUUCUGUGGAUGACGGCUGUCUAUUGACAUUUUGCCUUUACAACCAUCUUUUAGGAUUGUUUGGUAUUUUUAAAGCUCAUCCAGGAUCAGUUUAUUGGAUACCACUGAUGCCUUUCAACCUAGUUUCAGCCGACAGUAUGCUCUUCUCAACGUGGGCCGGAGAAACGAGAGUGUUAAUUUUAUUUUUUUGAAAAAUGCUUGAUAUAUUUUAAUAAACAGAGAUUUAUAACA